CUAUGCGAUCAUGGAGAUGAGUGUCUAACUGCCCCGGCAAUCAUCUUCUUUCCUCCUUUCAUCACCAAAUCUGCGAUUAACCAAUUCAAUCCAUCACAAAACCAUCGACCAGAUCCUCCGCAAUGGCGAGCAAAAGCUUUACGCCACUCGUGCGGCGAACACUGCGUAGCAGUCCGCACCUUCAGACCUCCGCCCGCCGAUUCCUCAAUACCGAAACAGCACCUAGUCUAUAUGCAGCCCGCGCGCAUGUCGUCGGAGCUCGAACAGGCCACGUUGACGGCGAGAACCUCAAAGUCGACUUGACCAUGGCCAAAGCCCUCGGAGGCGCCGGCGACAAAGGAAAAACCAACCCCGAAGAGCUUUUUGCAGCCGGAUACGGUGCAUGCUUCCAAUCCGCGAUGAACGCUGUCGCGCCGAGUCUAGGACUCAAGAUGCCGACGAAAGUCGAAGACAGCGUUGUUGAGAGCACAGUACACCUGGUUGGGAGUAUGAAGGAUCUGGAUAUGGGGCUGCGGGUGGAACUGCUUGUGAAGGUUAGAGGGUUGGACAAAGAAUCGCUAGAAAAGAUCGUGUAUAAGGCGAGACAGGUCUGUCCGUACAGUCGGGCGACGAAGGAUAAUGCGUAUACAGUGAUAAGGUGCGAGACUAUGUAA